GUGUGAUUUAGGGUAGAGGGAGACUGCCAAGUGCUUGGGAGAAGCCGGAGCCCCACGCUUGGCCCCGCCCAAGUAACGCUGCCUUCCGGGCUUUGUUAACUUGCGCGCGCAGUGACGCCGACUCCGCCGCGGGGAGGGGCUGGCCCCUCACAAGGCGGGGACGUGUGGCGGGGCGGUGCGCGUUGAUGUGACGUUGCUGCGCGCACCGCCCCCGUUGCCGGGCAGCGAUGGCGGCUACUCCCGAGUCCUCGCUGGAGGACCCUCUGCGGAGCUUUGUGCGAGUUUUGGAGAAGCGGGAUGGUACGGUGCUACGACUACAGCAGUAUGGCUCCGGCGGCGUGGGUUGCGUUGUUUGGGACGCUGCCAUUGUCCUUUCUAAAUACCUGGAAACUCCCGAGUUUUCUGGCGACGGGGCCCACGCGCUGAGCCGGCGGUCGGUGCUGGAGCUGGGUUCGGGCACCGGGGCCGUGGGGCUCAUGGCCGCUACCCUCGGGGCUGAUGUUGUAGUCACCGAUCUUGAGGAAUUGCAAGACUUGCUGAAGAUGAAUAUUAAUAUGAACAAGCAUCUUGUCACUGGUUCUGUUCAAGCCAAGGUACUGAAAUGGGGGGAAGAAAUAGAAGACUUUCCUUCUCCACCCGACUACAUACUGAUGGCGGACUGCAUAUACUAUGAAGAGUCUUUGGAGCCAUUGCUGAAAACUCUAAAAGAUAUCAGUGGAUUUGAGACCUGUAUUAUAUGUUGUUAUGAACAACGAACAAUGGGAAAAAAUCCAGAAAUUGAGAAAAAAUAUUUUGAGCUCCUUCAGCUAGACUUUGACUUUGAAAAAAUUCCUUUGGAAAAACAUGAUGAAGAGUAUCGAAGUGAAGAUAUUCAUAUUAUAUACAUCAGAAAGAAAAAAUCGAAAUUUCCAUCGUGAAGCCUUUAGUCAUCUUACCCAAGCCUCUAACAACCUGGGUAAGCUAAAGAUGUGAAUGGAGCAUGUGAAUACAGCAUGGGAAGAUUGUGUUCACAGAUUUUUUCCAGCACAUCCUUAGAGAUCCGAUGUAUAGAUGACAACCACCAUGGGCUGCCUGCAAUAUGAAAAAUGCCUGCCUGCCUGCCUGCCAGUGGCCCUGAAUCCAGCUUAGGUUACUUAAUUCAGCAUCAAGUUCUGUUUAAAAUAAAUGUUGAGAAUCAGUUAUUCAAAUAAAAAUUGGUAUUGAGGUGAGGCCAAAAUCUGCCAAAAGCAGUGAACCAGCAUGGUUGACUUGACUUUUCACAGGAAACUAGAGAUAAAUUUUUAAAGAGAACUAUCCACUAUUGUAUAAUAAUGUUUUAAAUCCAAACUGAUAAAUUUUAGUUUGUCUUCAAAAUUUUAAAGGUUUUCAUUUUGUGCAUAAUUAUGCAGUAUUUAUCAUUUGUAUCUUUCAUUUCUUUUAAAACGUCUUUAAUUCUUAAUUGUUCUUUUAAUUUUAAAAAGAACUGAGAUAUUGUGUUGUCUACUUAUAUUGGCCAAAGUUUUAUUCUUUUCCUUACAAUAUGUAUGCAUGUGAUUUAAUCAGUAAGUUAUACUGUAAUGAGUUGCUUAGAACACAAAUCAGAAGAUUGGAGAAACAAAAUACAUCUUUACAGAUUUUUCAUUUUAAUAGAGUGAGAAUAGAAAGACCAGCUUAAGGCUUGAGUACUUACCUGGCUCGUGCAUGUUGCUUUAUGUAUAUGUUCCAGGAAAAUCUGGCUUAAAAAUACUGGCAUUAACUUGUUUACUUGAAACAGUGAAAGGUUUUUGAAUAACUACAAAUGUAGAUCUAUAUGUAUAUACCAAAUGAAUUUUUAUUUUGUGUCUCUGUUUUAUGUUAUCAUGAAGCCAUUUGCUCUUAUACCGUAAUCUGUCAAGGGCUUUAAUCAUACCUAUUCCAAAGAGUAGUAACCGGAUGGAAUUCUGGUAUUUACAGGCAUUGGUGCUAGAUGGUACAUUUUAUGUGUUAAAAUAAACAUUGUUUUUGAGACCCUG